AUGUAUCAUACUCCUGAUAAAACUCUAAAUAAUCCACCAACACCUUAUGAUCUAACUCUUGCGUCUCUCUUAUCGACAGGUCUUCAUAUAGGUCAUUCAAAGUCUUUAUGGAACCCUAAUACAUCACCAUUUAUUUUUGGUAUUCGUCACGGUAUUAGCAUUAUAAAUCUUGAACAUACAUUAAUCUACUUGCGUCGUGCAUGUAAAGUCACACGAGAAAUAAGUUAUCGUGGUGGAAUAAUUCUAUUCGUUAAUACACGUGGUGGAGGUUUUGCUCGAGCAACAAUUAACGCAGCAAAACGUUGUAAACAAUUUCAACUUACAACACGUUGGUUACCUGGUACUAUAACUAAUUCACAACAAAUUUUGGGUCAUUUAAUGCCAAAAGAACCUGAAGAGUUAUUACCAAAAGUUUUCAAACCGGAUUUAAUAAUUUUAUUAAAUCCAUUAGAGAAUGCAAUUGUAUUGGAAGAAGCAAAACAUGGUAAUGUACCUACAAUUGGAAUUGUAGAUACAGAUUUUGAUCCUCGAAAAGUUAGUUGGCCUAUACCUGCUAAUGACGAUUCAGUGAGAGGAGUUGAAUUAAUUGCGGGUGUACUGAGUGUUGCUGCUAGAGAUGGUCUUAUACAAAGGCAAAAAAUGAUGGAAAAAAUGGAAUCGCAAAAGAUUAAGAACAAAACCACUAUUGUGAAAAUUACAUCAAAAGAAAAUUAA